AUGGGGUGCUUCUCAAUUCGUCCUCAAUAUGGUGACACAUGGCGUGAUCAUCAAUUCGAACCCCAUGUUUUGGAAACACUAUCAUCAGAGACAAUUUACACAAGAAGAGACAAUUUGGAUCAGACAAGAAUUGAGCAAGAUGUUCCACCUCAAAAUUAUAGGUCUGGGCUCUUCACGAACAAUAUUAAAUCCAAUCAAUGUAGUACCAAAGAAAGGGAAGGACCUGUUUCGAUUUAUACUGGAUUUACGAAUGAUCAAUGGCGGAAUAGAAGUGUCUCCCUUCAAAAUGGACACUCUACUCAAAUGUAUGAAGUUUUUCAAGAAAGGAAUGUGGGCUGCAAAGAUAGAUCUCAAAAAGGGUUACUUCCAUAUCCCUAUACACCCAGACUCACAUCAUCUAUUAGGAUUCCAAUUCGAAGGAAUGAUUUUCGAAUUUCUCUGCCUCCCUUUCGGUCUCGCUCCAGCUCCAAUUAUUUUCACAAAGAUAUUCAAAGACAUAAUCAUCGUUUGGAGAAGGAACGGGAUGAUGGUUUAUAUUUACAUAGACGAUAUGUUAAUACUGGCCUUCUCUCUCGAAGAACUUUGGGACCACAUUAUGACCAUAAUUCUCGAUCUAAUGUUCCUAGGUUGGCUGCUUCAAUUAGAAAAAUGCAUCCUCACACCCACUCAAACAAUAGAGUUCCUAGGUAUAACUCUCGAUUUUGUGUCAGGCCGUAUGUUAAUCCCAACAGACAAAGUAGAAACAGCAAUAGAUGUAUCAAACGAACUUAUUCAAGCGGAAAAAUCGAGAAAGUUUAUAAGUUGCCGAUUCGUAGCCAAAUUUAUUGGCAAAAUGGAGUUCUUGACAAUAGCCAAUCCUUACAUCGCACCGUUCUUGCACCGUCUCAGGAAAGAUAUGCUAUCAGUGGUCCAAAAGAGAAGCUGGAAAGCAUCUAUGAGGAUCAACAGAGGAGCCAAGAAGGAUCUCGAAACUCUUCAGCAAAUUGUGCAAGAGAAUACUGGAGUUUGUUUCGAGUUAGAUACACCAAACCCAGUCGUCGUCAAUUCAGAUGCAUCCCUUCAAGGUUAUGGAAUUCAUGCAAACUCCAACAUUUUGGUGGGCAAAUUCAAUCAGACAGACGAAACACAGACUCAUAUCAAUCAGAAAGAGCUUCUUGCGGUUCUCUAUUUUUUCCGUCAUGCAGAUCAACACAACAAUUACCCUCAAAAUACCUAUUUCGAGUUCAGAGGAGACAACACAACAGCACUCAGUUAUUUAAGGAAGGGUUACGGAAUGUUCGACCAUCUGGCCUCCACAGCGAAGGAGAUUUGGACAAUCCUACUCAAAAGAAAGUGGUCGAUUUCCAAAGUUGUUUACAUCCCAUCCCAACAAAACAAUAUCGCAGAUCGGUUGAGUCGCCUCGGAGAUUGGCGCUCCUCAGAAGAACUUCUCGACCUCAUUCAACAAGAAUUCGGUUACCAUACGGUAGACAGAUUCGCGACAGCAAGUUCCGCAGUCACAAUUCAAUUCAACAGUUGGCUAGAGAACGAUGCAUUUCAGUCUCCGUGGGAAAUGGACUCAGUCAACUAUUGCGUCCCUCCAUUAGGUCUAAUUCCACAAACAAUAGCACACAUCAUCAAAUCGAAGGCUCGAGGGACAUUACUAGUUCCCAAUUGGCCCUCCUCACACUGGUUCUCAGUACUGCUGAAGAUAUCAGAAAAAAGUAUAAGUGUUCCAAGAAGUUUGCUUAUAAUCGAGCCUUAUACCGAAUUGUUCAACAAAUUCGAAAAUCUGGAAAUGAUUGCCUUCAAAGUGAAUGGCAAACUGUUUCACAAUUAACAGCUUUAAGCGUAAUUGUCUCUCUAGCUCCGUCAACCCUUACAGAAUAUUCAAAAAUUUAUGGCCUCUUCUCAUGGUUUGUAACGGCCUUCGACUUUCAAAAAGAAUCCGAUUCAGUCUUAGAUUAUUUUUAUGGAUAUCUUGUUUCUAUGAAAAAAGCGUACCUUAUUCAGAAAGCAAAAGCAGCCGUCCAAUUUUUCGCUGAUCUUGAAGGAUGGCAACUUAAAGUAUCGAGUAGAUUUGGAAGAGUAGUUAAGGGUUCUACAAAGAUUUGGUCGUUAGUGGACAGGAAAAAGAUAUCUCCUGAAGAGUGCUUUAUUUUUUCUCUCACUUCAGCCAUUUUGGUUAUUGGUUUUAGAUUAUUUGCUCGUCCUGGCGAGCUAUGUGAAUUGAAGUGGUCCGAUGUAGAAAUGGACAAUCCAAAACCGGGGUGGAUUAAUAUUAAUCUUGCUGGUCACAAAACGGACUUCUUCUUUAAUGAUCGACCUCACCCAAUAGAUCCUGUCCAAGACUCCAACACCUUUUGUCCUAUUCAAAUCUUAACGACCUAUAUGAACCUAGUCAGAAAUUUUAAAUCUCCGGAUUCACCACUUUUUUCAUUUAAGGACAACCAAUACCUAACUACAACUCAAAUCUCAGAAUUGAUUCGCAAUGCAAUCAGACAAAUUGACAGCACAGUGAAAGUCUCCGGACACAGCUUGAGAAUCGGUGCAUCCACCGAAAUUUCCUCUAAAGGAAUGCCUAUUGAAGUCAACAAAAUUAUGGGUCGAUGGGUGUCGGAUAAGUCGGUACUUAGGUACUCGAGACGAAUUGGUUUUGCAGAAAGCGAUUUCUCCACCAAACUUUUUAAUACUCGGAACUAA